UUCGAAAUUGUUUAGUUCUCGACAGGUUCUUCAACUGUAACAAACAACUCGAGAUGUCUUCAAGUAAACUGCUAAAUCUGAGCCUGCUGCUCGUAUGUCUCUUCGCAUUGGUGUCUGCUCAGAAGUAUAUAACUCCCCGUGAUUGUCCCAAAAACGAGACAUAUCUGCCCUGCGGACCCUCCUGCCAGACAGAGUGUGCCACGUUGAAUGAACCCUGCCUGAUCAGGCAUAUACGCUGUCCUGAUGGCUGCUACUGCAAUAAAGGAUAUGCUCGAAACGCAGCUGGUACUUGCAUCCCUAUUGGCCAGUGUCCAAAACAGCGCGGUCCUUAUUAAUAUGGUACUUCUAAUGCAGAGCUACAAAUCGACGAAAAUACAGAUUGAAAACUGAAAAAAAAAACAACUUUUGAUUUUGAUUUGUUGGGUGUAAUUUUGUUUGUCAUAUAAAUCACGUGUUUCUGUAUUUAAUUAUUUUUAAAAAGGAGAUUCUGAUCUGCUACUAAAAUCAUUAUUAUUCGUUGAGUAUUUAAUUUUUUGUUUGUUUGCUUUCUUGACUUUACUGUUGCAAAGCUUUCAUUAACACAGUGUAAUUAAUUAAACUCCGUUUAUUUGCGUCAUUUGUUGAUACUAUGACAGAUGGUUGAGUGACCUCAAAUUA